AUGGAUGUCACGGCUGUCACCUUUCCCGAUUGCCUUCCCUCCAUUCUUAACGACAUCUCCACCAGCUGUUUCGUGGCCGUAGACUUCGAGCUGUCUGGUGUGGUCUUCAAACCAAAUACACCACAGUCUCGACCCCAGACUGUACAGGAACGAUAUGUGGAAGCCAAGGCAGCCGCCGAGCGGUACCAAAUUCUUCAAGUUGGGCUGACAACUUGUCAUGAAGACAAGGAAAACGCCACCUACACCCUGAAACCAUACAACAUAAAUCUCAGUCCAAUCGCCCAGCAUGAGAUGGAUGUGAAUCGGGACUGGACAUUCGGAAGCCGCUCAAUGGAAUUCUUGCUCGCGAACCACUUCAGCAUUGACCAUAUGUGCACGUUCGGCGUUCGAUACCUGUCCCGAGAGGACGAAAAACUGGCAAUCAGAAGAGCUACGGAGAAAUAUCACUCGCGGAAUGCUGUCCAAGUUGCAGACAUUAAAAAAGAUGACCAUGAAUCUCUGGAGUUCCUUGAAGCUGUUCGGGUCAGGGUCAAUGAGUGGCUGGAACAGGGCGAGAAACGCCGUGAGUGGCUCAACAUCCCACCACCCAGUAGCAUGCAGCUUAUUCCGGGCUCCAUCCCGACCGGGCUGAGCAACAUGCAGAAAUGGCUGGUACACCACCUUAUCAGCGACGAAUACCCCAACCUAACGUCGCGGGGUGCGUCAACGUUCGUCCAGAUCGAAUUUCGGGAUCCGUGCAAUGAGCAGUAUACCUUUGAAACGAAACUGAAGGUCAAAAUGAAACGAGUCCGAAAACAGAUCGGGUUCCGCUGGAUCGCAGAGGCACUGGUGGGUGGAAGCCUGGAAGAACUUGAAACAGACGCUUUCCAUCCUUUGAUGAAGAUAAUCGAGCAGCCGACUUUUGGGGUUCAGCAGUUAUCAGACAAAGUGAAGAACCGGCUUCAGGAGAACAGACCGGUUCUAGUCGGCCACAACAUGUUCUGCGAUCUGCUUUUCUUCUACAGAUGCUUCCUGGGCCCACUGCCGAAUACCCUCGUCGAGUUCCAGACCGUCAUCCACGACCUGUUUCCUAUGCUAGCGGAUACCAAGUACAUGGCCACUCAUGACUGCGGCUCUCUAAACCCUAUGUCUUCACUCGAAGAACUAAACACGACCUUAGCUGGAAUAGGAAGCCCCAAGAUAGAGAUCGACCCCCGCUUUUCGAAGUAUAAGUUCCGUACGCGCACUCACGAAGCAGGAUAUGAUAGCAUGCUAGCUGCCAUGGCCUUCAUCAAACUGGCAGGCGAUAUACAGCGCAGCCCUUCACAGCCGGCGGUCAAACCCCGGCCACAGACAACCACUGCACCCAGUUUGGUUGCCGAAAUCAUGGCACAGCCUAGCAGUCUGCCUACUCCCAAAAGUGAAUUUAGCAACUUCUUUGAUGUUGAAACUGAGACCGUGCCAACAAUUCAACCAGCCCAGAUUGCUCAAGCUGGCACAUCCCUAGCUGACACUGGUUCUGGGCGUAUAGCUCGCCUGGUCAGCCAGGGUAAAUUGCUGCCGCGUCUCGAAGAUGCCUUCUGGAAUACCUACGGUAACAUCCUGCGGGUGUUCGGUACACAGGAGAGGAUGGUUCAACUGGGAAGGGUACCAAAGAAGGAAGAGCUGCUGGUGGAGAUCUGA